AUGUCGUUUUGUAUGAGGCUCGCACGCAGUAAACUCAUCCGUUUAUUAGGAAGCAUAGCUAUGAGAUGUUGGGCUUUCUCUGGGACUUACAUACUUGCCUGUUUUCUUCUAUACUGGUUGUACGGUGGAGUUUCUGCUUUCUUUCUACUUUGUUUCGCCACCACAGGUAUAUUAUAUCACAGAGAAGAUCAACUUGUAUAUCGUCCAGAGUCUCCAGCUAAUUCUCGGAUAUAUAUUCCUGCACCGUCGAUAUUUAAUUUACCGUAUCAAAGCAUUUACAUUAGAUCAGGGGACGGUACAAUGUUACACAUGUUCUUCAUUUCACAGUCGGAGGACAAAGCAAAAAAGGUGCCUACAUUAUUAUUUCUUCAUGGGAAUGCUGGUAAUGUGGGACAUAGGCUAAAGAAUGCGGUUGGAUUGUACCAUACUAUCCAAUGUAACAUUUUGAUGUUGGAAUACAGAGGCUACGGUUUGUCACAGGGUUCACCAUCUGAAGAUGGUUUAUACAUGGACGCUCGUGCAGGAAUUGAUUAUUUAUCUAGUAGAACUGAUAUAAAUACAAAUGAGAUAAUUGUAUUUGGUAGAUCAUUAGGUGGUGCUGUCGCUAUUAAUUUAGCUACAAAGCCAGAGAAUUCGCAAAGAAUUUGGUGUCUUAUACUUGAGAACACUUUUACUAGUAUCCCCGAUAUGGCCGCAUUACUUUUUGGAUUAAAAUGUUUACAAUAUUUACCUCUUUUUUUAUAUAAAAAUAAGUAUUUGUCCAUCCUCAAGGUACGAUCAGUAACGGUACCUACGUUAUUUAUUUCUGGUUUAGCAGAUACGUUAGUGCCUCCGCGUAUGAUGCAGGAACUUUACAAGAAUUGCAAAAGUCCGUGUAAAAAGAUACUUUCAAUUUCGGGAGGUACGCACAAUGAAACGUGGUGUCAACCGCGGUAUUAUAAAAACAUAUGUAAUUUUUUAAAUGAAUUAAGGGAGAAUCCGCCGGUUCAAGUGACGUCUAGUCACUGGCAAAUAGACGAUAUAUAA